GCUCACGUUGGGGUGGAGGGGUGACUGAUGAAAAUUGUUCAGUAGAUCCUGCAGGAUUGAUGUACCAUUAUAUCGACGAAGAGCUGGGAUAUAGACGAAGCAAGACUGAGCGGACAUGGCAGGAAUCCUGUUUGAGGAUAUCUUUGACGUGAAGGACAUUGACCCAGAUGGGAUGAAGUUUGAGAGAGUUUCGCGGCUGCACUGUGAAAGCGAGUCCUUCAAGAUGGACCUGAUCCUUGACAUCAACAUCCAGAUCUACCCCGUUGACUUGGGAGACAAGUUCCGCCUGGUGAUUGCUAGUACUCUCUACGAAGACGGCACCCCUGAUGAUGGAGAAUACAACCCCACUGAUGACCGGCCCUCGAGGGCGGACCAGUUUGAUUACGUGAUGUAUGGGAAGGUGUAUAAGAUCGAAGGCGAUGAGACCUCGACGGAAGCUGCAACACGCCUCUCUGCCUAUGUCUCCUAUGGGGGUCUCCUGAUGCGACUGCAGGGCGAUGCCAACAACCUGCACGGGUUCGAGGUGGACUCCCGAGUCUACCUGCUCAUGAAGAAACUGGCCUUCUAGAGACUGGCAUUCCCUGUGUGGCCUUGGGUCCUCUUUCUCUCUCUGUCACACACACAAUAUCUUCGCAUGGGGGUGAAGAGAGUGGGCAGGACCUUUCUUCACACAAGACCUCCUGGAAAUGAAACAGAACUGAUUAAUAGAGGGACGAGGUGAAGCUGGAGACUGCUUUCCCAACAGCUCCCUGUACCCCUCCGCUCUGCCCUGCCCUGAUGUUUCUAGGUUAUAUGCUGCCACAGAGGUGUAAAUAAAAAGACAACUUUUUAAGUAUUUCAUCCUGGCCUAUGGGACUAAUUAGAAGUUUUCCUUUUAGAAGUCUAAUUAAAGCACAAAGUGAUCUGACAUCUUUGUUCUGGUGAAUAUCCCAUUGCAUUCUCCUCAAAGGUUCAGCUCCAGAUUUCCAACAAUAAAGUGUUCAAAGUU